UUUGGAAAAACCUGGCUGAAAGCUCUUCCUCUUCGGGUGAAGCUUUGCCUUUUGAUUCGUCAGGAGAGCCGGGGCCUCGAACCAAUCAGCGGCUUCGUCGGCUCCGUGGCUCCACGUCGGCACCAACUGCAGGGCAAGAUGGAGGCAUUGAUCCUGGAACCGUCUCUGUACACAGUCAAAGCCAUCCUGAUCCUGGACAAUGAUGGAGAGCGGCUCUUUGCCAAGUACUAUGACGACACCUACCCCAGCGUCAAGGAGCAGAAGGCUUUUGAGAAGAACAUUUUCAACAAGACCCACCGGACUGAUAGUGAGAUCGCCCUCUUGGAAGGACUCACCGUGGUGUACAAAGGCAGCAUCGACCUCUACUUCUACGUGAUCGGCAGCUCCUAUGAAAAUGAGCUGAUGCUCAUGGCUGUUCUGAACUGCCUCUUUGACUCUUUGAGCCAGAUGCUGAGGAAGAAUGUUGAGAAGCGAGCCCUGCUAGAGAACAUGGAAGGACUCUUCCUGGCUGUAGACGAGAUUGUAGAUGGAGGGGUGAUUCUAGAGAGCGAUCCCCAGCAAGUGGUACACAGAGUAGCAUUACGGGGGGAAGACGUCCCCCUCACGGAGCAGACUGUGUCCCAGGUGCUGCAGUCGGCAAAGGAACAGAUCAAGUGGUCGCUGCUUCGGUGAAGACUCCAGUGCCCCCUGCUCCUGUCAUCUCUCCCCAAGCCAUUUGUCUACUGUGAUGCCCCUACCCCCAAGCCCCACCCCUCUACACUGCACUGACGAUCUCAGGGCAAUGACAAGGGCCUCCUAGUCUCCUCACCACUCCUCUUUGCCUUCUCUUCUGUUUUUCUCCUCUUCCCAAAAUUAUCCAGAUUGAACCAAGAGGGGUUAUGUCCUUUCCAGCUUUCUCAUCUCUCCUAUCGUUCAAACAGUGAUGUUCCUGGAAGUGGCCCAGGCCCUAGCAGAGCUGGGAACAGAAUGGGGGACCAGGACAGUGCCCCCAGAUCAAAGCUUUAGCAAGAACAUGCUGUUUUCCUCUUCUGGUCUCACCCUGUGCGGGCCCUGGCCCUCUUCCCAAUACAGGGAGAAGGGGAGUAGUUCUAUCCAGAGUCCCCUAGAUGUUAUCAGUCUCUCAUAUAUUUCCUUUUAUUCCUGCUUACCAGCCUCGGCCCUGUGGAGAAAGGAGAAAAGCAGCUUAGGGAGAGGGAGGCAGGCCACACAGCUGUUCAGAGCUCUUUAAUUGGGAUGGGAUGGGGGCUAGGAGAGGAGGGUGGCAUAGAGGGGGAUCUAACCCCAAUUCCAGGUCUGAUUUAUAAGCCUGUGGCCUGAGAGAGUGUAUCGUGGGGGUCUCUGUCACCUAGUCAGCCCCCCCCCAAUCCCCACUCCACAAAUGGGGUCUUGUACACCAUGUGCCCCCAGUUUGGGGACAGAGCCAACCUCCUGGAUGAGAAAUCUCAGCCCCAGUCUCUGGGAGACGGGUUUUCUGCCUAGAAUUUGGGUGGGGGUUAGAUUGUGUCUCUCAUCCUCUGGGUUCCUUCAACUCCCACCAGGGCCUGACAGAUUUGAGAUAAAUGUUUCAGCCUUGUGUCUGUAGAGUCUGAUCUUAACUUUUUCUCCAUCUUGCCGGCCUUUCCGCAGGCCUGCUGGGCAGUAGGAUGUAGGAUUUGCUGGGGCUGGAGUAGAGGCAAUGAGAAAAAGUUAGAAUGAUCCUUAUGAAACCCUAGGUGGGGUAAGGUGAAGAUUUCUCAAGGACACCAGCGGGGGCUGCUUGUGAGCUUUGUUUUCCCAUUGUGAAACCUGUCAAAUACCGUCCCCUUUAGCUAAAUCAUCUGGCUUUGAGGUUCCCUGGGAAGGUAGGAGAUCGACCACCACCCUUCGGUGUGACCUUGCUCCUUCACUCCAUGUUCCAACAGCUCCCCUUAAGGAGCAGGCCGCUGUUCCCUCUCAUGCCAUUGUCCUAAGUCAGAAACACUCCCAGCUACCCAUCUCAUCUCCCACCCCCAGAAAAGACCUGGGGGAAGAGAUGGGGACAUGGGCAGGCCCCUGGGAAAUGGAGGGCAGCUGCCCCCAGACCCUGCUCUGCACAAAAGACUGGGAAUAAAGCAUCUUUUUUUUUUC